GCAUUUCUAUAGAACUUACAGCCUGAUGAACUUGAUCACAGUUGAUCUUGGCUUAGUUCUGAUCAGAACGUCGUCACAGGCACACACUAAGGUUCCGCGAUUCAGUCUCGGGGAAAUGGUUACCGUCAGUUGGUGGGUUUUCUUUGCUUGCACUCUCUGGACUACGAGUGCACCGGCUACGGAUGAAGAUCUUGACGGAGAGAACGAUAUCGGGCCGAUUAAAAAGGAUACGUGGUUUAAGGUUGAUGACGAGGAUGGCGAUUUGACGGUUCCGGAGUUGAUCACCAAGUAUGGCUACCAGAUGGAAAGCCACGCAGUGACUACGGAAGAUGGCUACAUGUUAACAAUGUUCCGUAUAUUUCCACGACAACCAUCGGAAACGAAGAAGUUCCCUGUCUUAAUGGUUCAUGGUUUUCUCGGUAGUUCGGCCGACUUCGUGGUCAGUGGUCCGAACAAUAGCUUAGCUUACCUUCUCGCCGAAAACGGGUACGACGUAUGGCUAGCAAACGUGCGUGGGACGCGCUAUUCGAGGAAUCAUACGACUAUGCUGGUUGAAACAUUCGAGUAUUGGGACUUUUCAUGGCACGAAAUUGGCUACUACGAUCUACCAGCGAUGAUCGAUCAUGUCUUGAAUAAAAGCAGUGCGUCAAAGCUACAAUACAUUGGGCAUUCCCAAGGUUGCACAACCUAUUUCGUGAUGAGCAGUACUCGACCGAAGUAUAACAAAAAGAUUGUUCUUAUGACAGCACUGGCCCCUGCUGUUAUCAUUACACGUGUCCGAAGCCCAAUUCUUCGUGUUAUGUUGGAGAUACAGGACCAGUUGAAAGAGGUUCUGGAUUCUUUGAAUAUUUACGAAAUACCGUAUGUCGGGAACAGACAUCACAUCAUUGAUGCAGUGUGUCCACCUGAAGAAAAGAACAAUCUUUGUACGCAACUGAUUGGACAGAUAACGGGACCUCACCCAGAAAUGUGGGAUCAGCGACUGGCCAACAUCUACAUGGGUCACGCCCCAUCCGGCGCCGCUACCAAGCAGCUGUACCACUACAAUCAACUAACCCGCAGCUGGCUUUUCCGGCAGUAUGACUACGGCAAGAAGGGUAACCUGCAGACGUACAGCAACUGGAAACCUCCAAACUACAAUUUGAAGCUUUCGUCCGCUCCGGUGCAGAUCUACUACGGACUAAACGACUGGAUGGUGCACCCUCGCGACGUCCAGCAGUUUGCCGCGAUGCUCCCGCGCCUUGUAGCAUCCAGUGCCGUUGCGGAUAGAAAAUUCAAUCACAUUGAUUUCCUGCUGGCGAAAAAUGUCCGCACGCAGGUUUACGAUAAGCUAAUGCCGGUGCUGGAACGAUACAACAAUAAUAAUCACAUUACCGAUUGAUCA